CCAGUUUUUGCGCAGAAUUCCGCAUUGUUUACCUCGCUGCUAAAAAGUUUUUAGCGCAAUUCCAAUUAUUAUUGUUAAUAAUAGUAAACAAAUCAUACGACAACAUGACUGCCGUUCCACCCCCCUCCAACAUCUCUACCCUAAUGCCAUUGGAAUUGGUGGACAAAUGCAUCGGUUCCCGCAUCCACAUUAUCAUGAAGAACGACAAGGAGAUGGUGGGAACUCUCUUAGGAUUCGAUGACUUUGUGAAUAUGCUCUUGGACGACGUAACGGAGUAUGAAAAUACCCCCGACGGCCGCCGCAUCACCAAACUGGAUCAGAUUCUGCUCAACGGGAACAAUAUCACAAUGUUGGUGCCUGGCGGAGAGCUGGCGGAGUAGCAAGGUUCCAUUUGUAAACAUAAAUACAUUUGUAAAAUAUCAAAACGGUCGUUUUAAUGUGGAUAAUAUUGUGUCGUAUGUAAAUGUUCGAGGUAUGUUAGAAGUUAGCAGUGGUCAAGUGAUUAACAGCAAUGUUAACAGAUUUUUGGUCCUAACAGAUACGAAUUUGAAAACGCUUGGCUUAGGAAAUGAAAAUUAUUUGCCCU